AGCCUAUUCCAAACCCAAUUGGCCCCAAUUGGAGGUGCUUCCUUUCCAGUCUGCAGAAAAAAGCUGGUUCUACCCAGAAAAUAGAUGCAAUUUGUCUCCAGAGGCACCACACUUUCCACUGCUAUAAAAGACCACUGUUUUCUCUCUUGCUCACUUUUCUCUCUUUCUCUGCACACCACUUUUGCUGUACCAGCUCUAUUGUCUCCUCAAAAGACCCUCCCUCCCAAAAAAAAACAAAACCUAUCCAAAAAAACAGUUUAUCCCCUAACUAAUCUAAUUUAUUAUUCAUAUUCGACUUAAUUGAAUUCAGUUUGUCUCAAUUCGAUAUUCCCAUCCCUAUAUUUGUUUAUAUCUUUAGCCAAAUUACCCUAAUCCAAUUCUUUAGGUUCCCUGCUCAAUCCCCAAGAACCAAGUAAUGAUGGCUGAAAUCCUAGGUUCUGCAGUUUUCACCUUUGUUUUCACAAAGAUAAUGGACAGUAGCUACUACUCCCACUCUUCCAAAAAACUAUCCAAAGAGCUCAAAAACGAAAUCACCCAACAAAUCCAAAAGGCCAACAAUGACCUCGAAUCGCAGAUUGUUUCCAAACACGAGACAAUCAAGAAAAAAAAUGCCCAGGUUAUUCAAUUGGCUCAAGACUUGAAAAAAAUCCAAGAAAAGUCCAAUCACCUAGUCUUUGAAAACGACACCUUCAAAAAGACGAACCAAUUGCUCGAAGACCAGUUGAAGUCCUCGGAAAAGAACAAGUUGCAAUUGACUGAAAAAUUGUCCAAACUCAACCAAAACUCAACCAAGUUGUCCAACAAAUCUGCAACCAACGACUCCAAGUUCUCCCAACCCAGCACCAAAAACGACAGCUCCCACAAUCUCAAGUUCAUCCACCAAAUCACCUCCAACAUCGACUCUCCCAUCACUCUCUCCAAACACGACUUUAUCUCCCACUCGGAAUCAGGCUCGGAAGCAAACUCUACCCUCGGCGUUACCGAGGUAAGACACGUCUCCUUGAACCACGAAAGGGAUACUCUCUCGACCCAACUUUCCGCUUUGAAAUCCGAGAUCAAUUCCGUCCAGGCCGAAAUCAACGAGAAAAAUGCCCUAUUGUUAGAGUCCUCUUCCAAACUCACCUCUUCCAUUUUGAAGAUAAAUGACUUAAAACUCAACAUAGACAAAAACGAAAAGCUAAUUUCAGAUCUCAAAGCAAACUCAAACUCAAACUCAAACUCAAACUCAAACUCAAACUCAAAUGCUGUUUCUGAUUCCUCUGAUUCCUUUGAGUCCUCUGAGCCCUCUGAUUCUCUCAUAUCCUCAACAUACCUAAUCCUUUCAAGUCUCAAGAACUCUCUUCAAUCCGAAUCUCAGCUUAACUCAAAUUUGAAAUCUUCAAUAGAUUCUCAAAAAGCACAAAUCGCCACUUUAUCAACUUCCUUAUCCAAACUCAACGACGACUUCCUCCUCAAAUCGCAGCAGUUAUCAACUCUAAACUCAUCCUUCAACGAUUCAGAUUACAAACCUUAUGUCUUUGAAGACGAAAUUAAUGGUUACCUCGAAAAGGCAAUCAACAAAAGUCAGCAACUAUCCAAAAACAACGACUCCCUAACCCUACAAAUUAACCAACUAAAUGCCCAAUUAUCAAACCUAUCCUUUGAAAUCCAACAAAAAAAAUUACUAAACGACGAUUUAAACAAAAUUAUUCAACAGUCAAAUCAACACAUCUCCUCUUUAAACAACAACAUUCAGUCCCUAAAAGACCUCCAUAAAAUCGAAUUAUCAAAUGUCACAACAAACUUCCAAAAGAAACUACAAGCCACGUCUGAUCAAAUUUCUAAACUAGAAAAGGAUCUAUCAACUAAGAACUCCCUAAUAUCUAGCUUGAAAUCCUACUUAAGCCCCAAUUUAAAGAAAAAUGAUUUCGACCAAAACAUUAAAAUUCAGUCAAACUCUAUUGACAAAAAUAUCCUACUUCGUGACAUCGAAAUUGAUGAAUUGAAAAAUACUCUAAACUUUAUCGCUUCAAAAAACUCUUCUUCAUUAAACAACUCUACUUUAUCUCAAAUCUCAAACACAAAUCUUCAUUCAGAUUUUUUAAAUUCUUUUUCUUCCAACGACUUCUACAUCUCCUACUUGAAACAAAUUGAAUCCAAAAUCGAAAAUCAACAAGAUACUAUUCAAAAGCUAAUUGAUAACAAAGAUGAAAAAUUCAUCAACGACCAAUUCAAACAAAUAAAAUCUUCAAAAGACAGCAAUUCAAAUUCUUGUGUUCAAAACUCUCUAAACUUUGAAUUCAAAGCCUCCCAAAGACUCGUUCUCGAUGUCAUCGAAUUGUUAAACUUGACUAAAUCUUCAAUAUCCAGCAUUGAAAAUGAAAUAACUUAUAAAUUAAUUCAAUCAAAAGCCAUUAAACAACAUUACGAAGACUUUAUAAUUUCAAACAAAGAUCCUGAAUGUAUUCACCAAUCCCUAGUUUCUUCAAAUACUUCUUCAAUCUUGAUUCAAUGGUUCACUGAAAUUAUAAACGCCAUUACUUUUAUUACAAACCCUAACCUAGAAUUUGAAAAGAAUUCAAACUUUUCAACUCUAUCAAAUAUCUUAAAUUUCAAUCUUGAUAAAUCUCUAAUUCAAAAUACACAACUUCAAAAAUUACAAUCCGAUUGCCGCAACUCCUUUAAAUACCUAUAUGAACACAUUAAAAAUAUUAACAUCAAAAACCGCAAAGCUCCUUCUAUUGAUGACAACAAAUCCCAAAUUGAUUUUAAAAAGCAUAUUUUCGAAUUGUCAAAACAAAUUGAUGACUUCAAAUCAAACUUUGACGAAAAGAAAUUAGACAACUCAAAAUUAAUCCAAUUAAAAGAACAAUUAACAAUAGCAAAUCUCGAUCUUCAAAAGUACAAAAAGGAAAACAAAAUCCUUCUUUCAAAAUUAGAUUUAUUAGAAAACAAUUCAAGAUCAAUCACCAAAAAUGGCUCAGAUAACAGUGUCAAUAAAAACAAUGAAAUCGCUCGUUUGAAACAAAAAUACGAAAAAGAACUAUCAGAUGCAAUCAAAAGAGCAGAUUCAUUAGUAAUUAUAAACAAUGCUCACGAUACAAAAAUUAAAUCAAUCAGAAAAGAAUACACUCAACAAAUAAUGUCCCUAAAAAAAGAAAUUGAACAAGUAAAACAACAAACAGAAACUACAAAAAAUAAUGAAAUUAAAGAAUAUCGUACCAGAAUCACCGAAUUGACCAAGAAGAUUGACAUCUUGACCAAGAACGUCAGUAUCGAAGACAAAAGUGAGAUCCAGAAAAUCACCAUCAACUACGAAUCAAAGAUUUCUGAAUUGAACAAGAAGAUCACUGAAUUGACCAGCACUAAGGUUGACAUUACUAAGACUUCUGAGUACAAGAAAGUCAUCAGCAGCUACGAAUCAAAGAUUUCUGAAUUGAACAAGAAGAUCGAAUCUGACAGAUCCAUCAGCACAUCAUCUGACAAAUCUGAAAUUAAGAAGAUCACC